UCUGUAGAUAAUAGAUUGAUAAUAAGUUCCAAAAUAAAAAAUAAUAAUUUUGACGCAAGAAACCAGAUUGGGAAAAUUGGAAAAUUGGCAUAAACGACAGGUAGGCCCGACUUUAACGCCUCUCCUCCUCUUUCUCCUGUGUCGUACAAUAAUGCUUCACACAAAUAUAUCACACGACAGUCAACAUACUUUACUCUGAACCAUUAACUGUCGUUUUCUAUUUCCCUCUCUCUCUGGCCCUCUCCCUAUCCCUAUCACAGAGAUUAACAUUUCUGUAGAAAUUAUAGAAGCACACAAAAAUACCACGUACAGAAAACAGAAAAAAAAAGAAAAAAAGAAAAAAAGAAAAAAAAAGAGGAAAGGUCAUAUUUAGACGGACAAGACAAGAAUAAUCAGAGGAAUAUAUUAGACCUUUUUUUUUUUGAGAGAUAAAAUAGAAAGAGAGAGUGGCCGUUGCAACGGCCACCUUCACCCCUCACCCUCCACCUCAACAUUUCUGGCUGGAAUUGCAAGUCAAUGUGAAAUUUCAUCUCAAUCAAUCCAUCAUUCCUCUCUUUCUCUUUCCCCCAAAAACAAACAAUAUCCCAUCCCCCACUUUCUCUCCAUUUUCUUGGGAAAAAAAACAAAACAGAAAAAAAAGAGGCGCCUCCCCAAAAAAGGAAAAACCCAGAAAGAAAAUUUGUGAUUUUCCCAGCCUCCAAUUGGCCUGGCCUGCUGCAUCACCAUCGUUUUCACCUUCAAUUUUGUGUUUUUCUGGGUGCCCAAACGGUGGUGAUUGCUGGGCAUGAGGUAGAUUUAUAAAAAAAAAUAUUUAUUUAAUUCUUGAGUUUUCAGUUUUUCAUUUUCUUUUUGUUCGAUUUUAGAGUUUUCCAUUUCGAGGGUGGUUUGGGAAACUUGAAAUUAUUGUACUUUGAAGAUGCAAAACAAUAUAUUUACCACAAUGCGUAGCUUGAAGAUCAUGGAUGGGUGUAAAGGAACUCAAGUUUUCGCCAUUAAUCCUUCGGGAACCACCACCACCACCACCAACAAUGGCGGUAGUGGUGGUGGUGUAGGAGACAAGCUUCUUCAUCACCUCCAAGACCAUCUCCGGGUCAACUCCACUCGAUCCAGAUCGAGCCGGAGCAGCUUGAGUUUCCAAUCCCCAAACCCAGUCGGCAACAAUCUCGUGCUCGAGACUCUUCUCCCGUAUGGCCUUCCUUCUUCCGAUCUCCUCGAACCCCAAAUCGAACCCUCCCUCAAGUCCGUCGAUUUUGUCGAAACCCUAGCUGAUGUCUACCGUAGGAUUGAUCAUUGCCCCCAAUUCGAGAAAUCCAAGAUGUAUAUGGAGCAAUGUGCUAUAUUUCGGGGUCUGUCCGAUCCAAAAUUGUUCCGGCGGAGCCUCCGGUCGGCCAGGCAGCACGCAGUGGACGUACACACGAAGGUGGUGCUAGCUGCGUGGUUGAGGUAUGAGAGGAGAGAGGACGAGCUUAUUGGGUCGUCGGCAAUGGAUUGCUGUGGUAGAAAUGUGGAAUGUCCCAAGGCUAGUUUAGUUUCUGGGUAUGACCCUGAAUCUGCUUUUGAGUCUUGUAUGUGUUCUCGGGCCCCUGGCGGGGAAGAAGAUGACACACCUCGCCGGGAAGAAGAUGAUACUCCUCGCGGGGAAGAAGAUGACGAUGAUUUUGUGAUGGUGGGAGAUGAGGAAUGUUCGACUUCGGAGGAGGAUGGUAAUAUGUCGUUUUGUAUUGGAGAUGCUGAGGUUAGGUGUGUAAGAUACAAAAUUGCCUCGCUUUCGACACCUUUUUAUGCAAUGUUGUAUGGUAACUUCAAGGAGAGGCGAAGGGAGAAGAUAAAUUUCACGCAGAAUGGGAUCUCUGUGGAGGCAAUGAGAGCAGUGGAGAUUUUUAGCAGGACUAAGAGAGUAGAUUAUUUUGAUGUGAGGAUUGUUUUGGACCUUCUCUCUUUUGCAAACAGGUUUUGUUGUGAUGAUAUGAAGUCGGCUUGCGAUUCUCAUUUGGCAUCUUUGGUUUGUGAACUGGAGGAUGCAAUGCUGCUAAUUGACUAUGGAUUGGAGGAGACUGCUCAUCUUCUAGUGGCAGCUUGUUUGCAGGUGUUUCUGAGAGAGCUCCCCAGUUCAUUGCAUAAUCCUCAUAUGAUGAGAUUAUUUUGUAAUUCAGAAGCAAGGCAAAGACUGACUAUGACAGGGCAUGCUUCUUUUAUUUUGUAUUAUUUCUUGAGCCAGAUUGCCAUGGAGGAAGACAUGAGAUCGAACACGACGGUGAUGCUUCUAGAGAGGCUGGGAGAGUGUGCCACAGAAAGUUGGCAGAAGCAACUUGCAUUCCAUCAGUUAGGUGUGGUGAUGCUUGAGAGGAAAGAAUAUAAAGAUGCUCAGUGGUGGUUUGAAGCAGCAGUUGAGGUUGGUCAUAUUUAUUCCUUGGUGGGUGUUGCAAGGGCCAAGUUCAAGCGUGGUCAUAAGUAUGCGGCGUACAAGCAGAUGAACUCUCUCAUUUCUGAUUAUACACCGGUUGGGUGGAUGUAUCAGGAUCGAUCUCUGUAUUGUAUUGGAAAGGAAAAGAUGAUGGAUUUGACGACUGCUACUCAAUUGGAUCCAACUCUAUCUUAUCCAUACAAGUUAAGGGCUGUUUGUCUGUUGGAGGAGAACCAAAUUGAAGCAGGUAUCACAGAGAUCAACAAGAUAAUUAGUUUCAAGGUCUCCCCUGAUUGUCUUGAAUUGCGGGCUUGGUUUUCAAUUGCCCUAGAAGAUUUUGAAGGAGCUCUCAGAGACGUCCGAGCACUCUUGACUUUGGACCCAAAUUACAUGAUGUUUCAUGGAAAAAUGCAUGGUGACCAUCUGGUAGAGCUGCUCCGCCCUCUUGUUCAACAAUGGAGUCAGGCUGAUUGUUGGAUGCAACUAUAUGAUCGAUGGUCCUCUGUUGAUGAUAUUGGUUCUCUAGCUGUUGUACAUCAUAUGUUGGCAAAUGACCCUGGGAAGAGCCUUCUACGCUUUAGGCAAUCUCUCCUUCUGUUACGGUUAAAUUGUCAAAAGGCUGCUAUGCAUAGUCUGCGGUUAGCUAGAAAUCAUUCUGGUUCUGAGCAUGAACGGCUUGUCUAUGAAGGAUGGAUAUUGUAUGACACUGGUCAUCGUGAAGAAGCAUUGGCAAAGGCAGAGGAGUCCAUUUCUAUCCAGAGAUCAUUUGAAGCAUUUUUUCUUAAAGCAUAUGCUUUAGCAGAUUCAAGUCUUGAUUCUGAGUCCUCAACAUAUGUGAUCCAGCUUCUGGAGGAAGCACUUAGAUGCCCUUCAGAUGGCCUUAGAAAAGGACAAGCACUAAAUAAUUUAGGAAGUGUGUACGUAGAUUCUGAUAAGCUGGAUCUUGCUGCUGACUGCUACACAAAUGCACUCAACAUUAAGCAUACACGAGCACAUCAGGGUCUAGCACGAGUAUAUCAUCUUAAAAAUCACCGCAAAGCUGCAUAUGAUGAGAUGACGAAGCUGAUAGAGAAGGCGCGAAACAAUGCAUCAGCUUAUGAGAAACGUUCAGAAUACUGUGACCGUGACAUGGCAAAGAAUGAUCUAAGUACGGCUACACAAUUAGAUCCCCUGAGGACAUAUCCAUACAGAUAUAGGGCAGCAGUUUUGAUGGAUGACCAUAAAGAAGCAGAAGCUAUAGAAGAACUAAGUAAAGCCAUAUCUUUCAAACCGGACCUGCAGCUGCUACAUCUUCGAGGAGCAUUUCACGAAUCAAUGGGUGACUUUGUCUCCACUGUGCGAGAUUGUGAAGCAGCCCUCUGUCUUGAUCCCAACCAUGCUGACACUCAUGAUCUCUAUGCUAAAGCACGGGAGCGCGUUAAUGAACAACUGAAGUGACAGAAUCACAGAGCCAUUAUUCUUUAAUGUAUGUAGGCAAUCAUGCUGUUGCUACCAGAUUCUUUUAAUGUGGAAAAGGCCAGCAAUUGUCAGCAUAGGUGCUCCUUUGGAUUUUGUCUCUAGAAAUCUACAAUUGUAGAUUUCCAUGGCUUGAAGAGUGGAAGCCAGGAAAGAAUUUGGAUUCAUAAGGAAGGAAAGUAGAGGAGCAAGAUAGCAUGUAAAUAUCAACUGUUUAUUGAUUGGAUCAAUUUAUUUAAGUAGAGCAGAGACCUGCUGCUGCUACUGUCUGAUAUACUACUCCAGCAAAGACGGGAGCAGAAGUAAACCACGGCGAAAAGAAUCUUGUACAUGAUAUGUAAGCUUGUGAUGCGUGUUUGUCCAAUUUAGAUGUCUACUUUGUGUUGUUUUCGGCCAAGCGGUUUGCAAUGUGUUCUAAUCUUCAUCAUUCUGUUCUCUCAUUCGUUGUAUAACCUUCAUGGUUUUCCAUUAUGACCGACAUGAAAAUGAUUUAUUUUUACA